AUUACAACUUGCAGCACGUAUUUUCAGAAUACAAAACAUGGCUUCUUUGGCAAACAAGGGAUCGUCGCUUGUCUCGACGCUGAUGACCCAGGCGCGUCCAAAGUUUAACGUAUUCAUGAAGUAUGCGAAAGUAGAACUUACUCCACCUAGCCCCGGGGAUAUUCCUGCCAUUCGUGACGGCAUCGCUCGCAUCGUAUCGGGGGCCCGCACGGGAGCGUGGAAGAAUAUGACGGUCCGUGAAGCCUGGCUCAACACCUUGAUUACUAUGGAGGUGUGCUUCUGGUUCUAUGCUGGCGAGUGCAUCGGCAAGCGCCACCUGGUUGGAUAUAAGGUCUAAUGCUGUUGUUUUGUGGUGAAUGAUUAAGGGAUGGUGCAAAAAAGUAGAAGCUUCAGCUAGAAAAGGAUACAACAUCAAUUCCUGAAUAAUGAAUCAGUAACACUUAUUCUCAA